AUGGUGCUGACCAAAUAUGACAUCAUCUAUGUUACUAGAAAGGCCAUCAAAGGAAGCGUUAUUGCAAAGCAUUUAGCAGAUAGAUUUAUGAAGGAUUACCAGCCUAUGGAGUUUGACUUCUCAGAUAAGGAAAUUGACUUAAUAAUCCAAGAAGAAGAAGAUCAUGAAGGUUGGAAGAUGUUAUUUGAUGAGGCGGUCAAUGUGUGGGGACAUGGAAUAGGAGCCAUACUCAUAUCGCUGAAAGGGAGACAUUAUCCAGUCGUAGCUAAGCUUACUUUCCCAUGCACAAAUAAUAUAACAGAGUAUGAAGCAUGUAUAUUGGGUUUGCAGGCCUCCAUAGACUGGGGAAUCAGGGAAUUGGCUGUGAAGGGAGACUCGGACCUAGUGGUUCACCAAUUGACUAGAGAGUGGGAAACAUGGGAUUCCAAGCUAGUUCCAUAUCAAGAGUAG